GCAGCCUGUAGCCCAUUCAAAGGCCUACUGUUGGACCUCUGCUUAUUUUGCAAUACGUCUUUAGUACGGACUGAAAAAUGUCCGAUUUCGAUGAGUUUGAGAAGCAGUUAAGCGAAAAUCGGCAAGCUGCCGCAGGAUCCCCGAAAACUGACCGCUUUGAGCGGGAGAAGGAGCGACACAAGAAGCGUAGCCGCAGCCGGUCUCUGAGCCGUGGCGAGAAGCACCGCCGCUGGAGCAAGGACUCCAGGGGGCGGAGUCACGAGAAGCGCAGCAGCAGCCGCGACCGCAAGGGUCGUGACCGACGGAGCAGCUCACGCGAGCACAGCUACUCUCCUCGGAGAAGCCGUAAGAAAAGGACAUACAAGUACUGGGAUGUUCCCCCUCCGGGAUUCGAGCACAUCACCCCCAUGCAGUACAAGGCAAUGCAAGCUGCAGGGCAGAUCCCCACGAUAGCUUUACUGGCAACAUCCACCACCAGCGGCGUGGCAGUGACGCCCACCCAGGUGCCGAUGGUCGGCAGCCAGAUGACCCGGCAGGCCAGGCGGCUUUAUGUCGGCAACAUCCCCUUCGGCCUGACGGAGGAGGCCAUGGCGGAUUUCUUCAAUACCCAGAUGCGAUUGGCUGGCUUAUGUCAAGGUCCCACCAAUCCCGUCCUCGCUGUUCAGAUAAACCAGGACAAGAACUUUGCCUUCCUUGAAUUUCGGUCCGUGGAUGAGACCACGCAGGCAAUGGCCUUCGACGGCAUCAUUUUCCAGGGUCAGUCGUUAAAAAUCAGGCGGCCCCACGACUAUCGCCCCCUGCCUGGCAUCUCAGAGCAGCCCGCCUUCCACGUACCAGGGGUCGUCUCCACCGUGGUUCCAGACUCGCCACACAAGCUCUUUGUCGGAGGCCUGCCCAACUAUCUCAGUGACGAUCAGGUACCCC